UGCACCAUGCAUGCCUUACUCAGUGUUGGGAUAACAAUCCCGACGUGCACACGUGACACGUGACGGAGUGCGUGACAAUUCGCGUGAGUGACGUUUCCGAUAGAUUUUCGACGACGGAGUGAUGAUCAUGUGCGGAGUGGAGUGACAAGGCCAAGACGGCGUUCUUAGCUGAAACACCAGCCGUGGCUGAACUAGAGGACCGAAUCCGCAUGCAGCCUUCGGCCACGGCUUCCAUUCCGCCCAACGCGGACAUGGACCUCCAGACCGUGCAAUCCAUGGACUGGCUAUUCAAGAAGGAACGAUUCUAUCUACUUGUGCAGUUCUGGCAGCAGGUACCGCGGUUUGAUGGGACGAAUUGGUCGAGGCCGGGUCUGUCCUUCUAAUUAACCAAAAACCGAGGGCCACACUCGCGGAGAAAGAAGUCACCACGCUGAAGGAGCAAAUCGCCAACAAUACAACGAAUAACUGUGAAAACAAGGAAGGAAGCAAUAUGGACAGACAGACUUUCGAAAAUGAAAUUGCUGCCAAAGAUAAAGAAAUCAAUCAAUUAGUUGAAGAAGUACAAAGACUACAGAGCACGAUAUCCAAACUUAAAGAAACCUCGAUAUCGCAAAUAUCACGAUUAGAAGACCAAUUAGAACAGAAAAGACAAAUUAUCGUCAGGUUGGAAGCCAAACUGGACCAUCAAAGGGACUACGAAGACAUCAAAAGGGAAUUAAGCAUUCUCAGGACGGACAAUCCCGAAACCACCACCGAAAAGCCCAUCAAACCCGAAUCGGUCAAAACACCCACCCAAGACGUCGAAGGGGUUGCACAAAGUCCAGCAGUGUCACCUCUGUCCCCUCCAGCACCCCUGCCUCGUCCCUUCCAGAAUGUAGAAAGCUUCGGUAGUAUGUUAGGCGAAGAGAUUGUGGCGAAUUGGCGCCGCACCAUCGAACACAACCAUCUAAUUUCACAAUCACCCUGUAUAGAUGCCAAGACGCCCAUCAUGGGACUCCCCGAUUCCACACCCGCUGAAAAAUCAACAGCCUCAACACCGCAACCAGACCAACCACCGCAACCCUCGCCCGUGGAACCCAUCCUCAAUGGUAACCCCAAGAGUCCGGAGGACAACAACAACCAUCUCAGCAACAACAACAUACCCAUGGCGACCAUGUGUGCUGUUAAUAACCUCUUCCGCGGCGAGGAGGCCCUGAAGAGCCCCUACAGGUUCGACGACCAUAGAUCGCCGUUCCGGUUCGCUGAGGAGUUGGGCAUGGCCCCCGGGUCGAUGGUGAGCCGUUUGGGGGAGAGUCUGAUCCCGAAGGGGGACCCCAUGGAGGCCAAACUGCAGGAGAUGUUGCGCUACAACAUGGACAAAUACGCGUCCCAAAACCUCGACACUUUGAACAUAUCUCGACGAGUCCGCGAAUUGCUCUCAAUCCACAACAUUGGACAGCGACUCUUCGCCAAGUACAUUUUGGGGCUGUCGCAGGGCACCGUCUCGGAGCUGUUGUCCAAGCCCAAACCUUGGGACAAACUCACGGAGAAAGGGAGAGACAGUUACCGAAAAAUGCACGCGUGGGCUUGCGACGAACAGGCGAUUCUUCUCCUCAAAUCACUGAUACCAAAGAAAGACAGUUUUUCCUCAGGCAAAGAUACAGGGAUGCCAACAUUCGGCCGUCCCGAAAACGACCUAACCGAAGAACGAAUAGCUCACAUUCUAAACGAAGCGAAUCAAUUCCAACAAAUGAAAACCCACGCUGAGGAUAGUCACAGUAAUGACGAUUCAAAGUCUCCUCAUAACCAGUGUUUAAGUCCUUUCUCGAAGGACUCGUCCCAAAAUCGCCGACUGAAAAAGUACGAAAACGACGACAUUCCUCAGGAGAAGGUUGUGAGGAUUUACCAAGAGGAGUUGGCGAAGUUGAUGGGGAGGAGGAUUGAGGAUUUUAGGAAUCCUCGAGAAGCGUUUCCUGGUAUGUUUUUCCCCCAAUUAUUUAGUGGAGGACAGAUUGAUCGGACACAGGAGGAGAUACGGAUGGCACUUGAUGCCUACCAUCGCGAAAUUGUUAAACUAAAUCAAACAAAUCCGGGCCAAAUGCCCAAUUUGGGGCUAUUAGCCUUACAACAGCAAGCAUUAGCCCAACACCAACCCAAUGGAGGGGUUCAAGACUUGUCGUUGCCCAAAGACAAGAAAAUUGUCAAUGGAGGAGAGGAGAAAGACAAGGAGGGAUCAGACGAAGGGUUACGACAUUCCGGGAGUGCUUUUAGUCUCGUGAGACCUAAAAUCGAACCAGGGUCACAACCUUCAAGUGGCUCGACUGCCUCAAGCCCUUUGGGGAACUCAAUCCUUCCACCGGCGAUGACCCCAAAUGAAGAAUUCUCCGGAUCUUCGGUUGCAAGUCCCCUCCAAAGAAUGGCUUCCAUUACCAACUCCCUCAUCUCCCAGCCUCCAAGCCAACCCCACCAUUCAACCCCCCAAAGACCCCUCAAAGCCGUCCUUCCCCCCAUCACCCAACAACAAUUCGACCAAUACAACAAUCUCAACACCGAAGAUAUCGUGAAGAAAGUCAAGGAACAAUUAAGUCAGUAUUCGAUAAGUCAGAGGCUUUUUGGGGAGUCAGUCUUGGGGUUGUCUCAAGGCUCGGUUAGCGACCUUUUGGCCCGCCCCAAACCCUGGCACAUGUUAACCCAAAAAGGGCGCGAGCCCUUCAUCCGAAUGAAAAUGUUCUUAGAGGACGACAACGCCGUCCAUAAACUCGUCGCAAGUCAGUACAAAAUCGCCCCCGAGAAGCUCAUGAGGACGGGGGGCUACGGCGGCGCCGCCGUCUCCAUAGGCAAACCCAUGCCCCCCACCCCCAAAAUGCUAAACGACGCUGCAGGUAUCAUCAGUAAAAUGCAAGAAACGCAAAAUUUGUUACCACCGUCAUUGCAAUUAGGACCGCCGCCUCUUAAUCAAAACCCACAGCCGCCGCCGAUGCUCCUCACGCCCCCAGGAGUGCCCCCACACCAUGCCAUCAGUCUACAAAACCCAGACCAUUUGAAGAAGAAUCCCAGUCCGCAUGGAAUACCACAUUCACCCAUGGGACAGCACCAGAGUCUGAGGAACAUGCACCAGCAUAUGUCCCCAAGUGUGUACGAAAUGGCGGCCCUUACCCAGGACCUGGACACACAAGUGAUCACUACCAAGAUCAAGGAGGCGCUUCUAGCAAAUAACAUCGGACAAAAAAUAUUUGGCGAGGCCGUCCUCGGCCUCUCUCAGGGAUCCGUCAGCGAGCUGCUCUCGAAGCCAAAACCGUGGCACAUGCUGAGCAUCAAGGGCCGCGAGCCCUUCAUCCGCAUGCAACUGUGGCUCAACGACGCCCACAACAUCGACCGCCUCCAAGCCCUGAAGAACGAGCGUCGCGAAGCGAACAAAAGACGCCGCUCCUCCGGGCCCGGCGCCCACGACAACAGCUCGGACACGUCCUCGAACGACACCUCCGAAUUCUACCAUUCCAACUCUCCAGGUCCCGGCCCCACCAAAAAGCAACGCGUGCUCUUCUCCGAGGAGCAGAAGGAGGCCCUCCGCUUGGCCUUCGCCCUCGACCCGUACCCCAACGUGGCCACCAUCGAGUUCCUCGCCUCGGAAUUGGGGCUGUCGAGUCGCACCAUCACCAACUGGUUCCACAACCACAGGAUGCGGCUGAAACAGCAGGUGCCCCACGGGAUCGCCUCCGACAUCCCCCCGAGGGAGCAGAGCAGUCAGGGGCCCUUCGACCCGGUGCAAUUCCGGCUGUUGCUAAACCAAAGACUUUUAGAGUUAUCGAAGGAGAGGAUGGGGCUAGGGGGGGUCCCUCUGCCCUAUCCCCCCUACUUGGCCGCUAAUACGAAUUUAGCGGCGUUAAUAAGCCGAGGAUUGUUGCCAAGUGAGGUCGACAUGGCGGCGUUAAACAACGCCGUUAAGGAGCAAAUGAGUGGACUUGAUUUAUCAAUGACGUCGCUGAAACGGGAACCUGGGGACGAUUUCGACGACGAUGAUGUUGAGAGCAACGUGGGGUCGGAGGACUCCAACCUGUCUUCGAGUAGUUUGAUCAAAAGCGAGCCCAAGGAGGCGCCCCCGAGCCAGGGCCGGAGUUCGAGACGGAAACCCGCCGCGCCCCAAUGGGUCAACCCCGAGUGGCAAGACACCGACAAAGACAAGCCCUCCGGCGAUGAGGUCAUCAUAAAUGGGGUUUGUGUGAUGCAAACCGAGGAUUAUGGGAGACGGAAUUCGGAGGAGACGGUGAGGGUGGAGCCGACGCCGGUCCUGGACCGGUUCGAGGACGACCAAAGCGACGCCUCCUCCAUAAGCAACGAGCCCGAGCCCCAAGCCAGCCAAAUCGAGGAGAAAGAAGACAAGGAGGAAGAACCCCAAGUGACAAAAGAUGAUAAAGAGACAGAAGACGAGCGGUGGGAUUACUAAAGUGAUAAAAAGACAAGACUUCCGCGCGAAGUUAAGUGCAAUCACGGAUCGAUAUUUAUUGUGAUUACGAUUUUUGUUAGCUUUUCUUGCCAACGAGGCACUGUUUCUCCCCUUUAAGUAUAAGACUGUUACCAUUUGCAAAGCAAAAUGUUUUAAACAUUGUGAUAAUUGCUUGUUUUCCGUGUGCUUCUCCCCGAAAAGGCCAAAUCGCAAUUGAAUUUUUGUAAAUACGAAAUUUGCUCCACCCCUCCUCUAGUCUUUCCAGGGCAUGACUUUUGGCCAGUUAAGUUUCUGUUGUUAUUUUCCAGUGAUCUCUGGAAGUGUCUGUUCAUACAUAGCUUUAAUUUCCAAAUAAUUUAGGGUUAAAACAAAGCAUAUCGUUACUUGUAAGUAUUACGAAUCCACCCAAUAGAAAUGAAUUUAAAAUAGUGAUGAUGUUAUCCUUGUUUCUCUUCCAGGACGAUAAAAUAUGGCACGAGUGCAAUAUUUUAUCCGGUUUUUAAAACAAAUGAAAUGUAUAUUUUUGGCAAUAUACAAGUUUGUGUAAUUCUUCCAUUGUAUUAUUCAAUGUAAAAAAAGUUAUUAAAAUAAAAUACGUAAUGUUCUGCUCUUACAAAAUGUUUAAAGAAUAAGUGAGAGACAUUAUUAGCAAAAUAUGUAUAAAAUGAUGCACAUUUUUAAAUAACUGCAUGUAGAAUAGCGUCGUAAUAGGUUUUUCGCUGUAGAAAAGUAUUUAUCGUUUCGUAAAAAUAAAACGAACUUUCUUAAUUAUCUGUUACAUUUUUUAUUGCUAUUGACUCGAAAUACCUGAAAGUUUGUUUUAUUAACGACGUUUUUUUAUUCUCAUAUUAUAUUUUAUAAAAUGUAGAAACUAUGAAACGUUUAAUUAGUAAUGAUUUCUGUAUUGUAAAUAUUUACAUCAUAUCAUUCUCUUUUGAAAUUUCUAAAUUAUACAUUUCACUGUAUUUAACGGUUGUUUUAUUAAAAAUCACCCAGAGAUUGACGUCCAGUCUUCCACAUCAAACUGUUUCAGUGGAACUCCAGACUGAAUGUAAUUAAACAAAUAAAAGACGUGGAAAUA